AUGUCAUCGGACUUCUGGGCUGGCUACCUCAGCGGUGCCCUUGGGAUUAUUAUCGGCAACCCCCUGGAUGUGAUCAAGGUUCAGCUGCAAGCAGGGCAUUCAAGAGAUGUAUCUACCCAAUCACAAUUGAGCCGCUUUGAGAGGGCCAGCUCGCUUGUACGAGGUGCGGCCGCCCCAAUUCUGGGAUACGGAGCUCUCAAUGCGCUGCUCUUUGUGGCCUACAAUCGGUCGCUAAUGGCCAUGGACAGCACCAUUGCAGAUCCUACCAACCCCGCUGGUGUGCCAUUGUACAAAAUUUGGCUUGCUGGUGCCAUAGGUGGCCUAGCCAGCUGGACUAUUUCGUCUCCGACAGAGUUCAUCAAGUGCAGAGCGCAGCUAGAUUCACGCCCAGAGGUCUCGUCCUGGAGCGUUGCCAAGGAUAUAUAUCGCAACCGCGGCUGGAGAGGCCUGUACUUUGGAGGAGGGAUUACGAGUGCUCGAGAUUCAAUUGGUUAUGGAUUCUAUUUCUGGUCUUAUGAAAUUUGCAAGCGUUUUAUGACAAAUGAGAAUGAAACUUCUCACCAAGCUACACUGAAGAUUCUUCUCUGUGGUGGCAUUGCAGGCAUUGUCACCUGGGGCUCAGUCUUCCCGCUGGAUAUGGUUAAGACAAGACUGCAGGCGCAGACAAUGCAUGAUACUUCCUUUACGCAGACUGGAACAACUGAAAACCAGAACCUUUUGCGGCAGUCCCGAGGAACAUUAAAUUCCUUUCAGGUGGCCCGAGGAGUCUACCAGACCGAGGGCAUGGCGGCCUUCUAUCGGGGCCUCGGGAUCUGUAGUAUCAGAGCGUUUAUCGUGAACGCUGUCCAGUGGGCGGCUUACGAAUGGUUGAUGAGGAGCUUUAACGAUGCGAGCACACCUUUGUCAGGCGCGGACCGUCUAUAG